UCAUUAAAUUAAUUUAUGUUUUUUUUAAGGAAUAAAAGGAAGGUUUGAAGUGAUUGGGGUUAUGCAAUGCAGGCCGUUGUUGUUUGUUUCUUCAUCACAGUAUUCAAUUCACUCCAUUCAGUGGUGACACUCUCUUCUUAAUUGCUCAUAUAUAAAUAUAUAUAUAUAUAUAUAUAUAUAUAUAUAUAUAUAUUUAUAGAAAGAGAGAGAGAUCUGAAAGAAAACCCAGGGGCUCUGAUUCUGAACAACUAACCAAAGAGAUCUGUACUGUUCCUCAAAAAUGGAGUACAGGAAAAUCAAAGACCAGGAUAAGGAUGAAGAUUCAGUCGUUGACGAUGUUGAGAGCUUGCGAGGAAAACCGCUUUCUGCUGCCGUCAGUUUGGGAAUCGGUCCAAUUGAUCGAACCGUAUGGAAGCGAAAGUCAAUGGUUACUCUUGCUUUGACUGUUCUUACGAGUUCGCAAGCAAUUCUGAUUGUAUGGUCAAAGAGAGCUGGAAGAUACGAGUACAGUGUUACUACUGCGAAUUUCUUGGUGGAGAGUUUGAAAUGUGCAUUUUCGCUUGUGGCUUUGGGAAGAAUCUGGAAUAAUGAAGGUGUUACAGAAGAUAACAGAUUAAGUACGACGGUAGAAGAAGUCAUCGUUUACCCCAUUCCAGCAGCUCUUUACUUAGUGAAAAAUUUACUUCAGUAUUACAUCUUUGCUUAUGUGGAUGCUCCGGGUUAUCAGAUUCUGAAGAACCUGAAUAUAAUAAGUACUGGUGUAUUAUACAGAAUAAUACUCAAGAAAAAGUUAAGUCAGAUUCAGUGGGCGGCGUUUAUUCUACUAUGUGCAGGAUGCACCACAGCACAACUGAACUCAAAUUCUGAUCAUGUUCUUCAAACACCUUUACAAGGUUGGAUGAUGGCGAUUGUCAUGGCACUCUUAAGUGGUUUUGCUGGAGUUUACACUGAGGCGAUAAUUAAAAAGCGCCCUUCAAGGAAUAUAAAUGUGCAAAACUUUUGGCUGUAUAUUUUUGGAAUGAUCUUCAAUGCUGCUGCAAUAUUGGUUCAAGAUUUUGAUGCUGUGAUGAACAAGGGUUUCUUCCAUGGAUAUUCGUUUAUUACAGUACUGAUGAUACUCAAUCAUGCAAUGAGUGGCAUUGCUGUAUCCAUGGUUAUGAAAUACGCAGACAACAUUGUAAAGGUGUAUUCAACGUCGGUCGCUAUGCUGCUCACAGCAAUUGUUUCCGUUUUUCUAUUUGGCUUCCAUCUAUCUCUUGCCUUUUUCCUCGGCUCAACUGUCGUCUCCGUAUCGAUAUACCUACACUCUAUCGGGAAGCUGCAAAGAUAGUAAGAAGGACCAGACCGGACCUCCUCUUGCUACCUCUCUAUAUCUUAUAUUCAGUCGAUUUUAACGACAACGGUUAGUUCAUAUAACAAAUUUUUCAUUCAUAUAGUGUAAAUUAAAGAAGUAUAUGAGCUGAGCUCUUGUGAAGCUGCUGCUGGUACAUGGAACAACAACGAUCUCUAUUUAAGAAGAAGAGCAACAAUGUCUUGUGAUAACCCUUUAUAUUCUCCCUUAAAUACAUACAUGUAUUUGUGUUAUUUAUUUAUUUAUUUAUUAGAGAAGCUUUCUAUCA